GAUUGCAAAUGAUCUUUUGAAACUAUAAGCUAUUUUUGUGAAUACAAAUCAUGUACGAAGGGAACAUAAUUUCUGGUCUUGUCUCAACCCACGAUAUGCAAUCUGGUAAUUUGCAAUGAAUUGGAAAAGUCGUCAAACAUUAUCGUCGUCUUGGAAAACGUUACAGAGGAAAUCCUGACAUAAAAUACACCGCUUAACAUCGUAAAGUUAUGGCCAUGACCGACAGACCGACGGAUAUGUUUGGGGCUUGGGAGCGAGACAACAUCGGGGACUUCACAUCGUUCUUACUUACAUCGAAGAUGAAUCCGUUCGAGAAAGACAAGGAAUUGAGUGAUUUGCUGGACUUCAGUGCGAUGUUCACUCACCCGAACAGUUCUAAACUCACUUCAAGUCCUGCCGAAAACGGUUUACCAAGUGCUCUUCAAAACCCAAAUGCUCGUACAGCAAGUCUCGAUGACACAACACGCACGUGGCAAAAUAGUCCCACUUUAACUCCUGUUGGAAGCUUCGAAAGUCGGGGUUUUGGUUCAGAGAAUACACUAGAUCCUUUGGAAGAUGAUACCGACUAUAUUUCACGAAAAAGUUCUUAUCCAUUCACAAAUUCUACGUCAAUUGGCAGUGCAGGUUUUGGCGAACCAUCCAACGCGACCCCCGGCCUCCCUCCACCGUUGCACAGUGAACAUGACGUCACAUUGAGUACCAGUCCUUCUGAAUGGCGAAGAAAGAAAUAUAAGAAUUCAAACAAACACGACGGAGCGCUAAUUCCUACGGUUUAUUCACCUGGGGCAGACGAUAUGAUGGCUCAAGGUCCCGGAGAAACUUCUCAAUAUCCGAGUAAACACCCUCUAUAUUCGGAUAUCUACUAUGGAGCUGAUCAUGCUUCAACUGAUACUUGGCCGCAUCACGGCAGCCUGGGUGCAGCAUCUACAAGUUAUAACCCGACUGGCGUGCUAGCACCCCCGUACGGUCUAUACAGCCAUCACGGACCUCAUCAUGAACCAAUUACAUACAUGAAUCGGGAAGCUUACGAAAGAAUGACAGCGUUGCCACCUAUGUCAUCUUUUCAUCAAGACGCUCUUCAGAACCAGCGGUUUCAUCACACGUCACCAGUCUCCUCGGCCAUAACAAGUAGCGAUCCAUCAGUUUUGGCUCAAGCAAGUCGAAGUGCAUCUGGCUCGCAAGCGAUUGGAAAGGCUUUGGCAUCUAUUUACUCAGAUUCUACAACAAACUACUCCUCCAACCCUCCAACUCCAAUCGCUUCUCCUCCUCCUUUGACGAGUAUCAAUGACCGUCCCUUGUCUGCUGGAUCCUCUAGCUCAGCACCAGGGUCAUGGCCCCGUCCCAAUUUCCAGGCGAUGCCCUCACCCCCCGGUCCAUACGAAAGCCACUUGCACUCGCUGCAGAGCCGUAUGGAAGAACGGCUUGAUGACGCGAUCUAUGUGCUGCGCAACCAUGCCGAAGGUCAGUUUCCUCGAGAGUUUCAUGGAUCGAUGGGUGCACCAGUUGGAAUGCCAGGCUACCCAGCUGGCUCGGUACCAAGCUCCUUAUCUGUCAAUACGUCAACAAGCGCUGAUUCUGCCUCAAAUAAUGCAGAGGAUCGCCGAGGUAAUGCAGCCUUUUCGUCAAGUAGAAAUUCAAGAGUAUCCGAAUCAGGUUCGAAAAGUACGAAAAAGGCAGUUGUGUCUCCGGGCAAUACAGUGACGUCAGCAGACCGUGCUCUAGAAAACGGUAGCGAAGGGAGUGGGGACGAAGAUGGGAUUAACUCGGAGGAAGUUGGAAAUCCUGGAGGAAAACCAGGGCGGGAAACUGAAAGACGAUAUGCGAACAACGCCAGAGAAAGAUUACGAGUCCGUGACAUCAAUGAGGCAUUCAAAGAACUAGGAAGAAUGUGUCAAAUGCAUUUGCAAAGUGAUAAACCCCAGACGAAGCUCGUUGUACUACAUCAAGCUGUUUCGGUCAUCACCAGUCUAGAAGCUCAAGUCAGAGAACGAAACCUCAACCCUAAAGCUGCAUGUCUAAAAAGACGCGAAGAAGAGAAGGUCGAAGAAGAAUUACCAGAAAAACGACUCGCUCCAAACGAUUUAGAUAAAGCAUACGGUCCUUUAGGUAUAUCACCAGCAGGUGGUCCCAUGCGCACGGGUGGUAACAGACCACGAAGGGGGAGAAGAUCAUCGAGAGGCGGAUGUGACGAUAUCUGAUAGGAAGUUCAUUACCAUUACAGAAAAAGCAGAAGAACUAGCACUAUAAACAUACCAAUUGCUUGUAUUAUACGUGUUUGGGAGAUCUUAGACGAGACAGCCUAAUUAUUCAUACUUCGCUCACAAAUGAGUAAAGCACAGAUGUUGUGAAGUGAAGGAUAAAAUGACAAAGCAUGGUUAAAGAAUCCGAUGGCCAAUUAUGUUCCACAUAAAUGGACUUACAAAGACACUGUGUUUGUGAUGAGAGUGAAAAUUUCACGUACUUUCCUGACUGGCUAUUUACGAAUCCAAAUGGUUAAUGAAAUAUGGCUACGGACCUUGUUUGUUGUUACAUAUUAGUCAUGCAUGCAGCCUACGUCGUUGUUCGAAUCUUGAAAUGGAUGACUGUCAUACAAACCUCUCUGUCAUAGUCUGUCUGUUUUCGUGUCAUAUCAUCAGCUCGGAGUGAUCGCAAGAAGUGCUUUUGUAAAAUGAAAAUAAAACUGAUGCCUCCAGGCGCAAAACGUAAACAUGUGCAAUGACAAUUUUUGUCUUUUGUGCUUUUUUAUCCAUGCUGCGAUCAAUGCCUGUAAAUAAACUUUUAAAUAUAUAUAUCAUGCUUUGUAAUAAAGUUCCCCCACCUGAAGUGGUUUUCAACAGAGAAAA